AUGGCAAAAGCAAGCAAGGGCCAGCACAAGAGUGGGAAUGACAAGAACUCAAACGAGAUUAAACCUGUCACUGAGGACUCUAGGUUCAAAUCGGUCCACAGUGAUCCCAGAUUCAAGUUUCCAAAUUUCAAAAAUUUGAAAGUCAAGGUGGAUGACAGAUUCAACAAGAAAGAAUUGAAAAAACUAAGUGGGAGUAAAGUCAAAAUUGAUAGAUAUGGAAGAAAACUUGAAGAAAAAGAUCAACAAUUAAACAAGUACUACGAAUAUGAUGACAAAAGUUCCAGCGAGGAGAGUGACGAAGAGGAAGAGGAACAUGACAUGGAAGCGUUGAGUCGCAAGAUUAGAGGUGAAGAGGAAGAGUUGGAUAGAGCUAGAGGAGAAGGACUUUCAAGCUCCUCGUCAGAGGAUAGCUCAGACGAGUCGUCAUCCGACAGCGAACUGGAAUUAGAGGAAGCGGAAAGCGAAUCAGAGCUUGAAUUGGAGGAGAAUGCACCAGGUGAAACAGACCCUACCUCUUCCUUUGCAGUUGUUAAUAUGGAUUGGGAUAAUUUGAGAGCAGAGGAUUUGAUGGCGACUUUUUUGUCAUUUGUGCCCAAAGGUGGAAGCAUAAAGUCAGUGACAAUAUAUCCUUCAGAAUUUGGAAAGGAAAAGAUGCAAAGGGAAGAAGUAGAGGGCCCACCAAGAGACUUGUUCAAAAAGAAGACUAAGAAGAACUUGGAGUCAGAUUCCGAGUCAGACUUGGAUUCUGAUGUCGACAUUCAAGAUGCGAAAGAGUUGGAAAGGGUCACACGUAAGUUGUACGAGCAGGAUGAUGGAAAGGAAGACUAUGACAGCAAAGCUCUUCGUCGAUACCAACUACAGCGAUUGAGAUAUUACUAUGCUAUUGUCAAGUGUGACUCUGUUCAAACAGCAAGAAACAUAUAUGAGAAUGUUGAUGGUACAGAAUACGAAUCAACCGCAAAUGUUUUUGAUUUGAGAUAUGUGCCGGAGGAUAUGGAUUUUGAUGAAAAUGAUGUCAAAGAUGAAUGUUUAAAAGUAUCACCAAAUUACAAACCGGAAUCCAGAUUUGUGACAGAUGCAUUGCAACACUCAAAGGUGAAAUUGACGUGGGAUGAGACUCCAAAGGAGCGUCUCACAUUGUCCUCGAGACCACUUUCACAAAAGGAAAUAGAAGCCAAUGACUUUAAAGCAUAUUUGGCCAGUGAUUCUGAUUCUGAUGAGUUGGGUAAGAACGGUGAAGUGUCCGAUUUGAAGUCAAAAUAUCAAAACUUAUUAGGAAAGACUUUCAAAAAAAGUACUGAAUCCGGCGAUGAAAGCGAUGACGUAGACAUGGAAAUUACUUUUGACCCCGGUUUGAACGAUGCAGCCGAAAAGGAUCCAAAGGAAGAAACAUCCGAGGAGACCACGAUAGAGGCGUACAAAAGGAAGGAGAAAGAGAGGCGCCAAAAGAGACUUAACAAGUUCAAAGAGAGUAAAGCAGAUAAAGGAGAUGAAGAUGAAACCUCACCGCCUGCUGGAAAGAAAAAGAACAAGCCCCGCAAUAAGGAAGUUGGAGAUGAAUCUGAAAAAGAGAAAGCUGAAUUGGAGUUGGUGCUUAUGGACAACGAUCAGAAGAGCGAGCAUUUUAACAUGAAGGAUGUUCUCAAGAAUGAAAAAUCAAAGAGAAACAAAAAAUCAAGGAAGAAAAAUAUAGACCAAGAGAUGACACAAGACAAUUUCGAGGCCAACUUGAACGAUCCAAGAUUCGAUGAAAUCUUUGAAAGCCAUGAUUUUGCUAUAGAUCCAACCAGCAGUGAGUUCAAAAAGACCGAAACAAUGAAGAAAAUUCUAAAGGAGAGAUCUAAUAGGAACAAGAGUAGAGGCCCUAAGAAACAAGACGAUGAUGGAAAAAGAAAACGUAAAAUGAGGGACGGUAACGGCUACGAAAAUGCAAAGUCAAUUGCAAAGAAGUUGAAAAGCAAAGUGAAGUAG